AUCACACUCCUCAAUAGGCCAGCGGUGCUUCAACACAUUAAUAAAUACAGCCAUGUAUUCAAUGUGCGUGAAGAUCGCUCUGUGCCUGGCUCUGGUCGCCUGCAUCGACGGCCACGUGCUGCGGACCCUGCCUCUAUCACCAGAAGGCGUCACUGUGGAGAUUGUACUGAAGAACAAGAACGACCAAAAACCGUUGUCGACAUUGAAGAUCGAUAUCAACGAGCAUGACAAGAUGGUGAGGCUGUCUCUGGAUGAAGCUCUGCCAAGGGCGCCGAGACGUCGUUUGCCGUCAAACAUCGUGCCAAUGCUGGGAAACCGCGCUGGGAUGGUGGUUGGAUCCUGUCCUGCUGGGUUCACGUUUCAGGGACGUUUUUGUGUUCCUGUUGACUACUAAGCAACUGAAUCAUCGAUCUCUCCGACAACUAUGUUCUGUUUUAAUGAUACAUUAAAAGUUUUUUG